CUACUCUGGCACUUACGGUAAGCGGCGCCGCGGGUGCCCGCCACGCCCUGACCUGCGCGUGCGCGUGCGCAAGAAUAAGAGCAAGCCGGGAGCGGUGUGCGGCCCGCGCCGCGGCUUGAGAGGCACGAGUAGCGGCUUGAUGGCGUGCAGUGGGGCACUGCGAACCACUGUCCUGGGCCUGGCGCUGCGGCUGCUGCUCGGACUCAGACUAGGAUUGGAGGCCGCUCCAACGUCAGCCCCGACCGGAGCUUUAGCCCAGGCCCCAGGCCCCAGAGCCCCCAGCGCAGACUCCUGCUCACCCUCCGACUUCCGGUGCCGUACCAAUGGCUUCUGCGUUCCCCUCACCUGGCGGUGUGACGGUGACCCAGACUGUGAGGAUGGCAGUGACGAGGAGGAGUGCAGGAUCCAGCCCUGUGCCCAGAAUGGGCAGUGCCCACCACCUCCGGAACCCCCUUGCUUCUGCGACAGCAUCAGCGAUUGCCCUGGUGGCAUUCAUAGGAACCUGCACAACUGCAGCCACCACCAGCCCUGCCCCAAGGGCCAGCUGCCCUGCAAGAUGGGGGACAUCUGUUUCCUCCCCGCAUGGCAGUGCGACAGCCACCCGGACUGCCCAGACGGCAGUGACGAGCUUGGCUGCAAAAUCAGGGAGAUAGUCCAGGGAGGGCAAGCCUCAACAGUGAGGAGCCCUGGCACCAUGGAGGGCGUCACCUCUGCUGGGGACCAGCCUGAAAACCUGAGUGGCUACGGGAUCACUAUAGCUGCUGGGUUACUCGGUGUCAGCCUGGCCGCUGUCAUCCUCCUGGUCUUGUUCCAACUCUGCGCCCGAGGGUCCCUGCGCCCGCUGGGACUGCUGGUGGCCGUGAAGGACUCCCUGGUGCUAUCAGAAAGGAAGAACUUGGUGCUCUGAGGCUCACCAUCACUGCUGCCCAUUGUCACAGGGCCCUGACUGCCAGCCCAGGAAGACAGCAGCGGACAUGCACAGGCAGCUGUGGGCGUCCUGGCCUCUGGAACUCCGCUGCCCUGGCCACCCAGAGCCUCGGACCCCAGCGCCUGCAGAUGUGGCCCCCGAGGCGGUGUCCCCAGCCGUCCCCUCGGACUCAGAGCGAGGGUGGAGGAGGGAAGGGUGUUCCAGGUGGGAUGCAGGGCUGGCCCAGGCUCGGAGGUCGUCAUCGUGCGCUCAGACACUCCUGUUACCCUGGUCAGUGGGGAUUAAAGUCCUGCACAUCCUGUC